AUGCUCCUCUAUGUCCCGGAGUCUGAGACCAAAAAUCGGCCCGAUCUUGUUAUGUUCCAGAGUCUGAUUCAACCGAUAUUCCCAUGUGCUCGCGUCUUGGAUUACAAACCACUUCACGACAGCGUGUAUCCGCUUUAUCUCCUCAAACUCUCCAAUGGCCUUGAACUCACCUUGAAGGCCGGUGCCAGACAACUUGCAACACUGCUACGGCAAGAGAGGCACUCUCUAGAAACGGAAGCCGCAGUUCUUUCGAUAUUGGCCUCGAGACACAGUCCAUGCAUCCCUCGCCUUUUCAGAUUCGAUGUCCUUGAUUUCUCACCGAGGACGCCAUUUCUCUUGAAACAGUCAAUGGGAGGAGUGCCACUCAGUGAUGUCGAACUUUCUUCCAUCACAUCCGCACAUCGGAACAGCAUUGACGAGCAGCUGGGACGGACUGUGAAGUUCCUCGGCCAGUUCAUAUCCACCCAGUUCGGCAGCGUCUAUUGCGUUGCUCAGGGUGAAGGGAGGCAGAGCUGGAAGCAUACAUUCCUGUCUUUCAUUGAAGCUAUCCUUUGUGACGCAGAGGACAUGUUUAUAUCUCUCCCAUACGCCGAGAUCCGUCACCAGGUCCUACGACUCGCCCCAGCUUUGGAUGAUGUGACUGAAGCCCGCCUGGUCGUGGUGGAUAUCGGAGACAGAUCCAAUAUCCUUGUCGACCGAGAUACCAAAUCGGUCAUGGGAUUUGCUGAUUUCAGCAAUGCUGUAUGGGGGGACGUUCUGAUGGCUGAGAUUUUCGAGGACCCAUCACCUGCUCUAUUGAAGGGUUACGGGUCCAACCAGAUGCAGAUGGAGGAUGAAUCGCUUCGUACCCGAUUAGUACUAUAUUCCUGCUUGCGUCAUAUACGUAGAAUUGUGAAGCAAUAUUAUCGCAGUCGACAGGACGAUGAGGAAAUGCGUGCUCGAAGAGGACUAACGAUGAUCGUUUCAGAAAUGGCUGCCCUGGACUGCUAG